GUGAAAAGGCGGUGAAGGGAGCUGUGACUUCGACCAGACGAUUGAUGAAGAUUGCUGGCCUGGGAUUGUUCAUUGUGAUCUUCGUCUUUGCCUUCUUUGGAUGGCCCAGCAACGUCAUCGAGAACGAGGACGUGCACAGGAAGAUCCUUGCUGCGCUCUUUUUAACGGGUAUCACAUUGGUGGCCUUGGAAGACGUGAUUCGUUUGGACAAGUCCGCCAUCAUGUUGGUGUUAGCUUCCGUGAUGUGGACGUAUCAUGCAGCCAAACCUGGAACCUCUCAUGAGGGACAUGACGAGCUUCAGAACCAGUUGGCGAAAGGUUUGGCAGAUGUUGGGAGCGUGAUCCUCUUCCUCUUACCUGCCAUGGGAAUUGUGGAAUCCAUUGAUCACCUGGAGGGCUUUGCCAUUGUGACAUCCUUUAUGGUUCGCCGGACCAAGCAUAAGGCGGAUCGACUGAUGCCACUUAUUUGCUUCCUGGCUUUUUUCUUGAGUGCAGUGAUCGAUAAUCUGACAGCCACGAUCGUGUGCGUGAAGAUUCUCAAGAGAGUGGUCCCUCACAAGAAGGACUGGCGGCAUUCCUGCGGCGGCCUAACAGUUGUUGCCGCAAAUGCGGGAGGUGCCUGGAGUCCCAUUGGCGAUGUCACUACCACAAUGCUUUGGAUUCGACACAAGAUCUCUACCACAGGCACCAUCACCUGGCUCUUUUUCCCAUCCUUCGUGGCCGGCGUGCUGCCUCUCUUUGGGAUCUGGUGGCAGGCCAAAAGAUGUGCACCACCUGAGACUGAAGAGGAUAAAAAGGAGGAGGAAGAGCCUGUGGCAACGAGAGAAAGCAUUUUGGCCCUCGUCGUAGGAAUGGCAUGCAUAUUGACUGUGCCAGUGGUGAAGAUGGUGACAGGCCUGCCCCCAUACCUUGGGAUGAUGAUGGCGCUUGGAACAUUUUGGCUGGUGUGCGAGAUUACUGAAUUAGGCAAACCAGCCCCUGAGGAUGAAGAAACUGGUGGAGCACUUGUGGUGCACGGAAAGCAUGGGGUUCCUGCUGCUCUUCACAAGGUCGACUUGAGCAGCCUUCUGUUCUUCACCGGUGUCCUGCUUUCCGUCGCUGCACUCGAAUCCGCAGAGGUCUUGUCGCGCUACUCAGAGUUCAUGAAUGAAUUUACUGGUGGAAGCCCAUUGUCUCUGUCCGUCUUGUUGGGAAUCUCCUCAGCAGUGGUGGACAACGUGCCAUUGGUCCAGGCCUCCAUUGAGAUGUUCCACGAGCCAAUGGACUCCCCGCUGUGGCAGUUGGUCGCUCUGUCUGCUGGGACAGGCGGGUCCAUGUUGGCGGUUGGAAGCGUAGCAGGUGUGACUUUGAUGGGCUUGGAGCACGUGGGUUUUCUGUGGUACAUGCGCCGAAUCUCUCCAUGGGCGGCCCUUGGCUUUGCUGCCGGCAUCGGUUCGUAUGCUUUGCAGCGCAUGAUCGUUCUCUAAGACUCUCCUGUGUCGGCCAUGUUUUGUAAUGCCAAUCUUCGGUCUGAUGGUCAGCCAGUUGGUCUGGGCCUCGCUUCGAUGCCAAGACCGGCGCUGCUCAGUUGUUUUCCCCCGGAGAACGGAGGAUCUAUGCUCAGUGGGAAAGCAGGUGGGCAACCCAUGACCGCCACGGUCGCCAUGACCGCCAUGACGCUAUCCUUUUCUGCACGAGUCGUGGUGUUGGUUGCCCACUGUCGGUAGCUGGACCUCCGCCGGUAUGUUUUAUUUUCAUUUACCCUCCGGUAAUG